AUGAACGACAGCAGGCCGGAUGAGUCAUUUGGCAACCAAGAUCAACCGGACCAUCUCAGGCACAAAGCGGGUUGCGACGCGGAUUCCGACGAGGAUGAAAACAACCAUCUCCAACCAGCCACAUGGGGUUAUGCAAAUAUGGUAUUUCCAUUGCUGGCAGGCACAUUUGGGCCCCUUGCCAAUGCCUUCAGUAUCUGUGCAAUGGCAGAAAACUGGACAGUCCAAGUGACCAACACAGAGCACAGGCUUAACACAAAGCAUCUGCCUCGCCUCAUUGCCGCCAAUGCUGUAUCGCUGGUGCUGGCAUUGACCGCCAACCUGGCCCUUUUGCUCCACAUGGCACGUCGGCUACCUUUUGCCGUUGCCCAGUCCAUCACUAUACUCGGCUUCUGGUGCGCUUCAAUCCUCCUCAUCGGUCCUGUCGCCAAAGUCGCAUACGACCUUCAUUCGGCCCAGGGGCGCAAUUAUGUCUUGUCGCAGGCCUACUACUACGCUAUAUUUGCUGUAGGACUAUACCAGCUUAUCUCUUACAUCCUGUGUGUCACCGUGUAUGGCGCGUGCAAGGGACACUACGGCUAUGAGUUCAAGCUCACGACGGCUCAACGGACCCUAAUGUUGCAAACGAUCGUUUUUCUUGCCUAUCUAUUGGUGUGGGCAUUGGUCUACUCCAAAGUUGAAGGAUGGACAUACCUCGAUGCCGUAUUCUUUGCCGAUUUCACCGCUCUCACCAUUGGAAUCGGCUCGCCGUUUGUUCCAACAACGCAUCUCGGUCGCAGCCUCCUCUUCCCUUUCGCUUUUAGUAUUAUUCUCGUGCUCGGCAUCGUCGUGGGCUCAAUCCGGACGCUGGUGUUGGACCGGACUGAGGUCGACUUGGCCUCAUUGAUGACCGAAAAGACACGGCAAAGAGUGCUGAAGAGAAUAGCGAAAGCGAGCCAAGCCGCCCAAUCAGGCAAAACGAGAGGCAAGGUCAUCGGUCUACCCGAGGAAAUCGCGGCCACUCUGACUCGCAACCCCGAGGCUCAUAAGAUCGGAGAGAUGGAACUGCGUCAGGCGGAAUUCGAGGCGAUGCGACGCGUACAACACUUGGCCACGCUGAAGAAAAGAUGGUUCCGCUUGUUCGCCUCUACUCUUGCCUUUGCUCUGUUGUGGACCGUUGGAGCCCUCGUCUUUACAAAAACUGAAGAGAACCAAAACUGGUCGUACUUCGUCGCACUCUACUUCUCCUACACCUCCUUGCUGACGAUUGGUUAUGGAGACUUCCAACCGACGAGCAACAGCGGUAAACCAUGGUUUGUCUUUUGGACGCUGAUGGCGGUACCUACAUUAACCAUUCUUAUUUCCAACAUGAGUGACACUGUGGUUAAAGUGGCCAAGGAAUUCACCAUUUGGAUCGGAGAGGUCACAAUUCUUCCAAGCGAGAACCGUGGUAUUAUGGAUCGAUUGAAGCUAGGUCUAUACAAAUCGACUCUGGGAUUGAUUCCCCUCGAUCUUAGCUCCGAUAGGGCCGCGGAUAAUCGGAGUGAUGAUGAGGCCAUGGAUAUUGAACGAUUCCAGGAGCUCAAUCCUAGGCUGUUCAAGAUGCGCCGGCAGCGUAUCGCUGAGGAUCUCACACAAUCCACCAUGCAGGGAAGGGCCGAAGAAAAAGCCUCUGGCAAUAAUAUUGGUAGUGAUGAAGACUAUUAUGGGCGGCUCCUCGUCUCGCACAUUCGAAAGGUCUGGAACGACGUGAAAGCCACGCCAGACAAGAAGUACAGCUAUGUUGAAUGGGCCUUCUAUUUGAGCCUCCUCGGCGAAGGUGAAAAUGAUGAUCGGCAUCAUCGUCGACCUCAGGCAGAAGGAAUCCAGCGCUAUCCUAGCCUGAAGGAGAGGUUUGACGCACAUCAGAAUGGACGAGGGAGUCAGGAAAGGCGAACUUCCUCCAAACCAGGCCAUGAUCCGGACCAACAGAGUGAUACCCAAAUCACCAAAUGGAGCUGGAUGGGACGCGACAGCCCGUUGAUGGCAGACAAACCUGAAAGUGAGUGGCUUCUUAACAAGUUGUUAGCUCGUCUCCAAGACAGUCUCAGACAGCACGGGCAAGAAUGUCUGAUGAAAGUCGAGGGUGACCCGCGAGCGGAAACAGAGCAGAGAGCGGGUCCAUCUUCAUCAAUAAACCUGAAUGCCGUUUGA